UGACUUCGGCUCGACUGAUUAUCGGGCUUGUUAGAUGGAGACUUCAUAGAUUACGGAUAUCCAUGCGGAAUUUGCGCGCGUGAUGCGUCACUUGAUUUCAAAGUUAGGUUCUAUAUAUGUUUCGUUCAUGACUCGUGCGCACGUGUUUGGUUUGAUUGCGUGGAUUGCUGUGCCGCCUGAGGUUGACAGAAGCACGUGCUCCCCAUAAUCCACCAUAAUUUAAAAACAAAGAAAAGAAAAGAGACACGUACUACAAUAAUUUAUUGAUAAUUGUCGUGAACAACUCGCGGAAGACAAGAAUAUGACGGCGGAGACAUUAAACUCGGAAGGCCGAGAUGGCGUAGCUGCCUUGAAAAGUGGCAUCAUUGAUUUCAUCGCUGGCUCUCUUGGUGGAGUAGCGUUAGUAUACGUGGGCCAACCUUUAGAUACUGUGAAAGUAAAGAUGCAAACCUUUCCAUCAAUGUAUAAAGGAAUGGUCGAUUGUUUUAUGAAAACAUUAAGGAUGGACGGAGUUGCAAGAGGAUUGUAUGCAGGAACGUUACCAGCCGUUGUGGCAAACGUUGCUGAAAAUUCAGUACUUUUUGCAGCUUAUGGAGCAUGUCAAAAAGCCAUAGCUAAUUUGUCAGGGCUUCAAAAAGUGGAAGACCUUGGUUCUCUCGGUAAUGCUUGGGCCGGAUUUUUUGCAGCAUUCUUUUCAUCGUUAACACUUUGCCCGACAGAACUAAUAAAGUGUCAGUUACAAGCUAUGAGGGAAGUGCAGAUACAAAGAACGGUAUCCAACGAAUCCGUAAAUUUAAUAGGACCUGGUCAGUUGACAAAAAAAAUCAUUCAUGAAUAUGGUUUUCGUGGCUUGUUCCGUGGGUUAACGUCAACAAUAGCCAGAGAAAUGCCUGGGUACUUUUUCUUUUUUGGAGGCUACGAAGCCACGAGGCAAUUGUUAACUCAACCGGGACAAAGCAGAGACGAUAUUGGAUGGCAAAAGACAAUGGUUGCCGGUGCAGUAGGUGGAUCAGUGUUGUGGUUGGUAAUUUUCCCAGCUGACGUAGUCAAAAGUAGAAUACAGGUACAAAAUUUGCAAACGCCAGCUCCAGUAGUUUUUAAGGACAUUGUACGAACAGAGGGUAUCGGUGCACUUUAUAAUGGAUUAAAGCCAACACUUAUACGGACGGUACCAGCGACUGCUACAUUAUUUUUAACAUAUGAAUAUAGCAAAAAAUUAUUGCAUAAUUUUAUAGGUGAUUAAUAAAUGUAUGAUUGUAUAGUAUUA